AUGGCGCACUCGGCGUCCGUCGUCUUGUUCGACGCCAAAGAGCACUCUCAUGUGACGCCGUAUCUUGCCGCUAUCCAUGCAUCCUGCAUCCGGCUGGACCGCACAAUAGCCACAUUUUUGCCGCCCCUCUCGCAUGAGAAGCUGCUGUCAUGGUGGAAGGGCCGGAUAGCAGAGAUUUCGGAGGGCAACCGGGUUAUGUUUCUCCUGGUAGAUAACCUGGAGCCCUCUGGCCGCAUCAAAGGACCCGACAUUAUGGGCGCCGUCAUGAUGUUCAUGCCAUGGUCGGAAACGGGAGGUUUUCGAUGCAUGGUUGAGAAGCUGCUUAUACACACGAAUUUCCGUGGCAGAGGAGGCGCCAGAUUAUUAAUGAAUGCGCUCGAGGCGGAGGCACUUAAGCAGCAUCGAACAAUGCUUCUCCUGGAUACAGAGACGGGAUCCGCAGCCGAAGCUGUCUACAGGAAACUCGGAUACACUGAAGUAGGCAAAAUCCCCGGCUAUGGCAUCAGCCCCACAGGAGAGUUGAAAGGCGGCACGUUCUUCUACAAAGACUUGACGAAAGACUACGGCGAAUGA